CUUCUCUUUCAAACCAUCCUUCGUCCCAAGCAUGACGCAAACAAUCUUCACAGAAUCUGACGUUACAACUCUCCGGUCCAACUUUGACGCUGCUGGACAAGGCCAUGUCUUUAACUUCUGGGAUACUUUGACAUCUGAGCAACAGCAAGUUUUUUACAACCAGCUUGUUGAUCUUGAUGUCACUCGUGUCAAUCAAAUUUAUGAUACAGCUGUCAAGGGCGCAGCUGCUUGCGCUUCUGCUCAAGCUGCUUCUGUCGAGCCCCUUCCUACGGACGUGACGGACUCUGUUUUGACCGCAGACGCUUCCAAGGUUGAGGAGUGGACGACGCUUGGUUUGAAGCUGAUCGCUGAGGGUAAGGUUGCUGUUAUUCUGAUGGCUGGUGGACAAGGUACUAGAUUGGGUAGCUCAGCACCCAAGGGUUGCUAUGACAUCAACUUGCCCUCUGGUAAGACCUUGUUCCAGCUCCAGGCUGAACGUAUCCUCAAGGUACAAGAACUUGCACGUGCCCGUUUCCAAGUCAAGGACCAAGUCGUUGUCCCUUGGUAUAUCAUGACCUCAGGUCCUACCCAUGCUCCCACCUUCUCUUUCUUCGAACAAAACAAUUACUUUGGUUUGGACAAGUCAAAUGUCAUCUUCUUCGAACAAGGUACUCUUCCUUGCUUGACCAUGGAUGGAAAGAUCCUUUUGGAGGAAAAGGGUAAAGUAGCCAUUGCUCCUGAUGGCAAUGGUGGUAUCUACCGUGCUCUUCACAGCAAGGGCGUUAUCGCAUCACUGAAGGAACGUGGUAUUCUCUACUCCCACUGCUACUGUGUUGAUAACUGUCUUGCACGUGUUGCCGACCCUGUCUUCAUCGGCUAUUCAGCUUCCAAGAAGUCUGACUGUGGUGUCAAGGUCGUUGGCAAGUCUAAGCCAGAAGAACCCGUUGGUGUUGUUUGCUUGAAGGACAAGAAAUACGGUGUCCUCGAAUACUCUGAAAUCUCAAAGGAACUCUCUGAAAUGCGCAGGCCCGAUGGUACCCUUGCCUUCAAUGCUGCUAACAUCGUCAAUCACUUGUUCUCCACUGCUUUCCUCGAGCGUGUUCCUGACUUCGCACAUGAACUUGAAUACCAUAUUGCCAAGAAGAAGAUCAAGCAUACCGAUUUGGAAUCAGGUGAACAAAUUGCUCCCAAGGCUAUCAAUGGCAUGAAGAUGGAAUGCUUCGUUUUUGAUGUCUUCCCAUACGCACACAACUUGUCUGUUCUCGAAGUUGCUCGUAAAGAAGAAUUCUCUCCAUUGAAGAAUGCUCCUGGCUCUGGUGUUGAUUGUCCCGAGACUUCCCGACAUGACAUUCUUUCUCAACAAAGUCGCUUCAUCGAAGCUGCUGGUGGAAAGAUCGCUGCAAAGGAUGGUGGUGAAUCAUUGGAAAUUGAGGUAUCUCCUCUUGUCUCCUAUGCUGGUGAAGGUUUGGAGUGCGUUAAAGGCAAGUCCAUCCUUUCACCAGCCGUCAUCGAAACCUUGGAGGAUCUCAACAAGAUCAUGUCAUAAACUGGCAAUUUUUGGGAAGUGGACCAGGUCUUUCAAAGGUUCUUUUUCCCUUUCUUCUGUCCGAAAUACCUAUCUGCAUUUGCAUAUUAGCAUGCCUUCAUACUGAGACAAAAACAUCCCCACCAACACCACUUCCAUCUCCUCACAUUCUUAUUGCCUAUACUGUUUAUGUUUGAUACCAUGCAAAGCUAUUUGUUUUUUUUUUUGUACCUCUCGAUCCCCCCCCAAACACAUUUCUCGCGCUUAUUAUCCCCAUUAUAUCUCUAUUACGCGCUUGUAUAGUCCUUUGCAUACCGACAUUACGAUAUACUCUCUGAACAAACCACCAUUCAGUUAGUGUGAUUGUGCAAAACCUCCAAUAUAAUGCUGCAUAUUACAGU